CAUAAACAAACGUGCUAGUAUACUUUCACUGUUUCACAGCACCCAAACCAAAAAAUUUCAAAAAUCCUCCUCUCCAUUUUCCUCUCCUGCGAAGCUUCCCCAAGAAAAAUUCCAACAUUUGUUGUAAAUCAUGGCGUCGAAGCUAAUGGAAGAAGUCCAGAAGAAACUAGCGACGUUGAAUUACCCGAGGGCCAACGCCCCGGCUCAGUCGCUCCUCUUCGCCGGCAUGGAGCGAUACGCGCUCCUCGAGUGGCUCUUCUUCAAAUUAUUGGGCGACAAGUCUCCAUUUUCACAGCAGAAUUUGCAAGGGGAUGCUGUGGAUCGAGACGAAGAGACUUCGAGGAUACAAUAUUUGGCUGAGAUUGCAAAGUUUCUUGGCAUUACAGCUACUAUAGACACUGAAGCCAUACAAGGUCGAGGGAGUUAUGAGGAUCGUACUGAAAUGCUACGACUUAUUGUUGAUCUUGUGGAAGCAAGCAUCUAUGCUGAUAAUCCUGAGUGGAGUGUAGACGAGCAAGUGGCCAGAGACAUUCAGCUAAUUGAUGCCAUUGCCGAAAAACAAGCUCAGAUUUUUUCUGAAGAGUGCAAGUUGUUUCCUGCCGAUGUGCAGAUCCAAUCUAUAUACCCAUUGCCAGAUAUAUCUGAUUUGGAAAAGCAACUCUCAGAUCAGUCAAACAGGCUUCAGAAUCUUCAAGAGAUGGUUGAUGAUCUAGCAUCCAAGCAUCCAUAUAAUCCAGAUGAAGAUUACGUGGAAGUCGAAGCACGCCUGCGAGCACAUCUCGAAUCUUUUCUUGAAACUGCAAGAUCUUUCAAUACAAUCUACACCAAGGAAAUUCGCCCUUGGACUCAUAUGAUGGAGGUUCCACAACUUCACGGUUUUGGACCAGCUGCAAAUAGAUUGUUGGAGGCAUAUAAAAUGCUUUUGAAGUUUCUAGGGAACUUGAAGAACCUUCGGGAUUCACAUGCAGCAGUAGCAGUUGGAUCUUCUGAAACAGUAGCUGGCGAACCAUCUUCAGUCAUGAGAAUAAUUUCCGAGUGUGAAACUGCAUUAACAUUUCUGAAUCGAGAUUUGGGAAUUCUUUCUGCAUCUAUUGCUCGUGAAAAGGGAGAGGCAGCAUCUCUGUAACUACAUGCCAGCACUGAGAUUUAAAAAAACCUUGAUCUUCAGUUCUAACUAAGUGCGGCUCGUUUUCAAUGCAAAAUUUCAUUCUUUUGGUAACUACCAAGUCAUUUUUUGUUGCCUAUUGUUACUAUACUGAUAAAAACGAUCAAAAUUCUGUUCUAAUCUGUUAAAAACCUUUUCGAAUGGCCAAGUGCACUGGCUUGAGUUAUGAGCUAUCCAAAUUUAUUGUUAGCAUCCCUGAAUCAUGUGCCAAGUCGCCGAGCCAUGGCAUAAUUCGGUAUCUAAGUCGUUGUCUAACUAAAUCGGGCCAGGUGGUGGGCCCAAUAGGGCCCGCCAAGAUUGGUUUUGAAGGGAUCUUUGAAGGCAUGCAUGAUGGUGGGGUGUUUGUGGCUAGCUAUGGGCAGUGAAGGUGAAGAUGAUGGGCUUUGUGUGGUUAAAAGAAGUGAUUUUGUGUCCCAUUUGUUGGAUUGGGUUUUUUC